AUGUUGAUGGAGCGAGUAGUUCAGCGGAUCCAUGAGGGUGUGACUGGUAUGGAUUUGCUCGAGAUCUAUACAGAGACAUACUCAAUGCCGAACGGGGAGCAAGAGCAGUACCAGGAAGGAGAAGAAAGUGGAGGCGAAAGCAUGGAUUGGCAGUCUGAUGGAGGAGAAGAAGAGGAGGAAAGCGAGGACUCGAUCAGUGGUGAAGAAGUCGAGUCACCACCUCGCAACAAAAGGCAUUCCAAGAAUAAGCACGACCCAGCAAGUGUCCGUGGCAAAGUAGCUCUGUCGACUGGACAGACUUCCAAGCGCACUCGGACCUCUUCCCCUGUGCCGAGUGAAAAGGCUUCAAAGCAGCCCAAAGUUGCAGCAUCGAAGUCUCGGAAGACCCUGCCCAAGAUCAAGAUCGAUGUUCCCGUCGCUUCUGCUGCUGCUACCUCUGGGACUUCUGCUUACAGAGAUGGUGACGAGGAAAUGGGAGACGUGGUCACUUCCAACCCAGCUCCUCCCAAUGUCAUUGAUCUUCCGGAUGACGACGAGGAUCCUUCAGCGUCGACUGCACAAACUCCAGCCGAUCCAUCUUCACUCUUCACUGCGCAUCACGUCCCUGAGGACCAAGUGGGUGCCGCCAAGGAGGCUAUACGCCAGGCAGGCAUCAUGAUGGAGCAGAUGAAGGUGGUUCGGGAGGCCAGUCAAGCUGCUUAUGACGCCAGCUCAGCUCUCCAGAGCAACAUCCAGAAGCAGAUUCAGCUCAAUCUCGAUCUGGAGCUAGCCAAGACAAACUUGCAGGAGGCCAAGGACGAAGCCAUUGAAACAAUGAACCAGGCUCGGGCGAAGAAGGAUCUGGAUCUUGCACCCGCGCAGAGAGCAGCCGAAGCGAAAACUGCACUCGCCGACCAGAAGCUGGCUUCAGUCGGCAAACUGGACGAAGAGAACGCCAAGUUGAAAACUGCCCUUGAUGAAGCCAACAAAGAGGCGACUCGUCCGAAGAAGGACAAGAGGGCCCUGACCGACAAAGGAUGCGGAGACGCUGGCCCAGAGGGUGAAGAGGGCCAGGGCCUCGAUGGGCGGCCAGCCCCCAGCGGGCACUUCGAGUAUGCCGCUGGUGGUGAUCCUCCCUCGGCGGACCCGGAGGACGUAGACACCGUCAUUGAAGAGGUCGCUAAGGACGUCGCGGCCGAGGCCAACAAGAUCGCCACCGAGGAGGCCGCCGAGGGCGCUACCGAGGACGCCGCCAAGGGGUCCGCCGGGGACUCCGGCAAGGCCGCUGCCGAGGAGGCCGGCAAGGCCGCUGCCAAGGAGGGGGUGGUUGAUGACCAACCUUCCUCCUCCGCUGCCUCUGGCUCAGGCAGGUAUCUGAAGGGUGCAGUCCUCGGCAAGGCUGAGCAGCUCUCCAAGGCCAACGACUCUAUCAAAGACCUGAAGCAGAAGCUAGAGGGUCUCGAGGGGACGUUGUCGGAGAAGGUGAUCUCUCAGUGCCAGAAAACUCAGGCGCAGAACCUGCAGAACCUGUUGGUGAAGAAUCCCAAGCAGCAAGAAGGCAUCGGAGUUGUGCAAUCUCAUGCGCAGACAGGGACACAAUGGUAG